AUGAUGCUCUGCGACCUCGGCUCCGGCGGCCUCUGCGGGCUCCUUGUCUGCAUGCUGUGCGAGGUCUUCCUCGCCCUCACCUCCCCCCUCCUCGACAUCGCUCGCCGGACAUGCGAGCUCCUCCUCCUCGGUGCCGGGUGGUUCCUCACUGCCACCCGUCUCGGCACCUACAUCCUCCUGUGCCUCCAUCUCUCGUUCGUGUCCCCGAGCCUUGGCUGGUUCCUCAUGACGGUCUUCUGGUUCGGCGAAGCUGUCACCAAGGCCGGGGCGAGGGGGCCCGACGUCGGGUUCAUCCUGGCGGAGAUUUGGAUGGCUUUCACCAUGCUCGCUCUCUUCGACCUCUGUGUUUCGGAAACCCCGGCCAUGGCACGUUGGGUCAUCCAGUUGCUCACUCGACAAUUUCACCAAGCACUGGACGCUGACAUCUCGUUGCCCGACAAUCUCAUCCGGUGCUACAUGCCUUCCGGCAUCGGGUCGCCUGGCGACCUUUACUACCGCAGCCUCCUUUGCGGUGGUACCAUGGAAGAGCAUGCAGCUCCGAAACACGAGCAAGACGCCCUUCGCGAUUAUGGUUAUCUGAGGGUGAACGAUACCUGGAUUCGCGACGUCUUGAAGAGGAGACAGCAUGGACGCAAGAUGGCCCAACUCGGUGCCCCCCUGUCCCCAUUUUCUCUGCCCACGGUUCGCCGUCGCGCCUUUGGACCGACCACGAACCUGGAUACCCCCGUGCAGCAUCCCCAGACGGUGCCUCUCGACUACGACAACCCCAUCGAGCGGUCUGGGGCCCAUCAAGGGCUGUUCCCGAUGCCCUUGGACAAGCAGCUGCACGACAGAGAAGAACGGGACGAGUCGACGGCAGGGGCCAUUAGCCCCAUCCGAGACCCAGAGGACGGUUCCGAGUCCUCUGGUGAGGAUCAAUGCCCUGCCGUCGGCUUCACGGCCACAUUUGAAAAUCCGGACAGCUCCCCAGAGCUGAGAGAUGGUAGUGGCCGGGGGGAGAUGACGGCCGGUGAGGAACCCGACGGCUCGCGAGGGCCUGAAGGUGAAGCCGGCCGGGGAUCGAUAAUGGACGCCCAGCUGGACGGCUCGCAAGGGUCGGACGGGGAAGGCGGCCCGGUCCCCGUCAUCACCGCCCAGGAACCCGGCGACGGCUCGCAAGAGCCUGAGGGAGACGGCGGUCAAACACCGAGUUUCGCCGCAUCGGGCCCCGAGACCCUGCUGGAGGGGUGGAAGGGUGACGAGAUGCGGCGAGGCCCUCUUGCCGCCGUGGGGUCGAACGGUGAGGAGUUCGACGCCCGCGGCACUUACAACGACCGGCCGCCCGUGGGACUGGGGAAGUCCACCGCCGCCGGCGUUGCAGAUGACGCACCCGCCGCUGCCCGGAAAGGCAGCAUGCUCGACUGCGGAGCGGCCCAAGACCCAGAGCCGGUCUCUGGUGAGGGCUUCACCCCGUUUUUGGGCGCCACCCUUGCGCCCGAGGCCUCUAUUGGGGCCGAGGGCCAUGUGGUGACGCCCACAUGCCAUGUUGGGGACCCUGGACUGGAGGCGUCUGACCGCCUCCUCGUGUGGGGGCCCCAUCCAUCUGGCGAGGCUACGUUGGUGCUUGAAGACUCCAUGGAGUGGGAGAGCACUGGCCGGCCGAUCGUGGUGCAGGCAGCGGCGGAUCUUUCGGGGUCUGUCGUGGUCGACCACGGAUCGCCGAUGGAGCUCGACACGGCCGAGGAACCAACCGACUUUCGCGGGUCGUUUGGGGAGGUCGCCGGUGGCCUGGUGGACGACUCCGAGAACUCUAUGGAGUGGGAGGAGACGUUCGCCGUGGUCAUCGGAGGAACCGCGGUGGCGAAGGAGAUCGAAUCCGGGCUCGUCGACUCUCUCCAACGCCGGUCUCUCUUUGGCGAGACAACCGCGGGCUCCGAGCACAUGGCCGCAGUCGAAGCGGCGGGUCGUGCUGGCGCAGUCUUGGAAGUGUUAAUUCACGAAACCGCUGGCCAGCUUUCGAGAAUGACCAUCUCGGACCCCGAGGCACUCUUGGAAGACGGAGACAUGUCGGACGCGGCCGUCCAGCAGGCCGUGCCGGAAGUCGACGUUGAAACCGGUGCCCAGAACUCGAUGGUGGCGGUGGACGACACCCAUCAGGUGCCUUCGUUCACGACCCUGAUGGAGGAUGCUCAAUUCUUCGACGACAUUGCGUACAGCUUUCCUCGCGCAGUCGUCGACGCGUCUAACGUCGCCGCCACCAUCGCCCCAGCUCCCCCCCUUGAGGCCACCCCCGACCUGGCGUGGGAUUCGCUGGUCGAUCCCAUGUCGGUCCUUUCCGCCCAGGAGUGGGCGGAGCUGGAGGCAGAGUUCGGGCUGAAUGCCCCCGACUCCUCGGCUUCGGCUGGGGAGGUCCUCAGUGCACCCGUGUCAGCCCAGGGUAGGGUACGUGUGGUGCCUGAGGCGGGGCCUCAGUCCAGUGCCGAGAUGGUCCUCGCCCCCGAGGUUGGCCAGGAGAGGGCCUUCCUCGAGAUUCAGGCACAGGAGGACGGGGAGGCGGUACAGCACCGCCAGGAGGUGAUGGAGGGCAUCGCGGAGCCCCCAUCAUCUUCGGAGCGACAAGCCACAGAGCCGGCGCCAGUUCCCGAGGCCCCUCUGCCCGCGCUCCCCCCGUCCUCCGUAGUCAGUGUGCCGAAACCUGAGACGCCCGCAUACGAGCGUCCCCGGCGAUACAGCUUCGACACCGACUUGGAGCUUCCUCGAAAGGGCGAUAACGAGGACGCUUCCAAGGAGGAGGUCAUGUUGGACGAUGCCGAGACCGUAACGGCUCGUCCCAAGCUGGUCGCAAGGGGCCCUUGUGUGGCAAAGGAGGCGGCCAACCAGCUGCGGCAGGACGACGCAGGCAAACCCAAGGCCGUCAAUGCGAGGGACGAGAAGGACGAUGAGCCGGGCUAG